ACACGUGAGGCACGCGGACCGGGCUGGAGGAGCAGUUGCGGACGGAUCGUAGCUUCUUCGGUCUGGUGAUGUUUCUCCAGUAUUACCUCAACGAGCAGGGAGAUCGGGUCUAUACGCUGAAGAAACUUGACCCCUUGGGACAACAGACCUGCUCAGCCCAUCCUGCUCGCUUCUCCCCAGAUGAUAAAUACUCUCGACACCGAAUCACUAUCAAGAAACGCUUCAAGGUCCUCAUGACCCAGCAACCGCGUCCUGUUCUCUGAGGGUCCUUAAAUACCAUGUCACUUACGCCGCCUGUUACUCUUCAGAGACGUUCUGUAAAAAAACAGAGUCUUGAGUAUGAGCCUGAAAACUUUCCACCUUUACUCUCUGUAAUCCUGUCUCGUCAUUGCCUUUGGUCAUACUUGUAUGAGGCAAUCAUGGUAGCAUCCCCUUUGAAGGGAAUAAGUUCUAAUCUCUGUUUCAUAUUUUGAACCACUGCCAGGUUAUUAAAAUGUUUUGAAAGAGC